AUGAGGGUGAAGACAGCAGAAACUCAUCCCUCGACUCAGGUCUUCUACACCCCGACCUCGCCUGGAGAGAAUCAAGGUCACCCUCCAGACGGGGGUCAUCCUUGAGCGAGCAGGCCGAGAAUGAGGUGUACCAGCUCUCCCGUUCGUACCCCCACUCGCUGCCUCAGUCCAGACGUUCCUCUGUAGCGUACCAAUCGUCCUCCAGUCCUGAGUUCAAGGCUGAGGACUUGGAGGCGAGGCUGUCUGUGUCGAUGAGUCCUCUCGAACGCCGCCGAAGCACGAGUUUUAGGUCCUCGACGAGAACUGAGUUCCUGGGAUGCGGCGAGGAGUACCCGAGGCAGCGACGAGCCUCCCACAAUGUACUCAUCCGGUCACACUCCCUCAAGACCAACAACCAGGUCGAUCAGCGGGUCAAGCCAGGGACUCCCAGCAAUGGCCGACCUGAAGAGGACAUGAGGACCUGGAGCGGUAGCGGAGACGUGUCCUCCGCCGACCUGGGGCCAAGUCAGGUCGUUCCCAGGGGCUAUAGGGAGAUUUUAACAGAUGACUUCACGCUCGGGGAGAUCCACCUGGAACUUACGCUGACCAAGGGCCAAUUGGAGGUCGAAGUCAGCUGCGCCAGGGGACUCCCCACAGCCGCAUCGGGUCAGGAGCCAGACACCUACGUGAAGACAUACUUGAAAGAAGGUGAUCGUCGCUUGCAGAAACGCAAGACGAAAGUGACGCGUCACUCACGCGAGCCGAGGUACCACCAGAAGCUGCGCUACGCCGCCCACGACGCCCUCGGUCGCACCCUCUUGGUCAUGGUGUGGGAACGACAGAGGGGCUUCGAGCACAACAUCGGCAUUGGAGUAGCGGAGAUCAGUCUGAGCAAGCUGGAGCGGGGGGAACAGUCCUUGAAUGGUUGGUAUCGGCUUCUACCCGUCAGUAGCGUCGUGAGGGUCGACUCAGAUUCAGGGGACAGUGUACGCUAGUGGUCAGGAACGCCACACUCCUCCAACUAUAGACUCAUCCCAAUGCUUGCCUCAGAUUUGGCCACUCAUGUCUACGUCAUGAUCCCGCCAAAUUAGACGUUGGAUACGCCUGCUUACGUGAUGACCACUUCCAAUUAGAUCAUGGCCAUGCUCAUGGCCUACCUAAGAUCUGUAUCUGUCAACUUAGGUCAUUGCUAAGUUUUGGCCACACCUAACUUGGCUACGUCAAACCCUUGGGUAGGUUGAGGGGCAACUUGGGGCAGCGUGAUGGGAAGGAUGGGAGGGAGGGCGGACAUCUCUGGAAACUAGGCAUAUAUAAUAAUUUGAAAUGAAAAAUGUGCUGAAGGGGACAAUCAUAUAUAUAUACAAAACUUUCUACUCAAAUAUGAUCUAACAAGAAAAUGUAAUACCAUUAAAAGACAAACUUAAUCAAAGACAGAGGGGCCUUCAUUUGAGCUAAUUUUCUACUUAUGUAACGCCUUUACACACGCAGAAGGCUUCCUCUGGCAAAUAGAAAACGAACAAAUCACACACGACUCUGCGCAAGCAACACAAGAAGAGAAAACCAAAUAUACCAUUAUAGAAAUAUUAUAACCUUCAAGAGGUUCAACCCUCACAGGCCUUGAGUAACGCUUGAAUUGUCACACACCUUUCCCACACACACAAAUGUCACAUACCUGUCACACACAUACACACACACAGGUGUCACAAACCUGCCAAGUGAUAUAUGGAAUUUUACCAAAAGCGUGCUUGCUACAUCCAGGUUAAAUAUUGUAUGGUAUAAUAAAAAUACAUUUAACUAUCACUACUGCAUCUCUAGCGAGAACGUUUUUAUACCUCGAAGUGAUAAAAUGUUUUCAGUUAAAACAGACCAAACAUGCUGAGGUUAUUAAGAAAAGUGUUAAAGUGAAAAUUAAUAGAUGUUUUUACAGAUAAAAUGCGAAUCAGGCAUUACUCAAUGAGGUUGUUAUUGCAGUCUAAUGGUGACAGUGUGGUUGGGCUUCGUGCAAGCUCUCUGGUUUAAGACAUAUGGCGAGUUGUCAAGGUUCUUGUGAGUCGACAGGGCUUCGAUGAGUCGUUAGGGCUUUAAUGAGUACUCAUGGGAUUGGCUGGGUCGUUAAGGCUUUAGUGACUCGUCAUGGCUUUGACAAAUCGUCAAGGCUUUGGUAACUCUUCAGGGUAUUUGGUGAGUCGACAGGGCUUUGGUGUGCUGUCAAGGCUUGAUGAGUCGUCAAGGCUUUAGUGAGUCGUUAGGGCCUCGAUGAGUCGUCAAGGUUUCGGUGAGUUGUCAAGGUUCGCUAUUGUCUCAAAUCACUGGCAAAUCAGCAAAGGUUUUAUCAUCAGCAAACCUUACACAAGCGCUGUGAUUCAGGUCAACAAAGAGUCGAAAUAGUCUGGCGAAUCAGCGAGGCAUCUUCCCCCUCACCAUACACACCAAACAUGAAACACAGACUUCUUUAAUGGUGACUCGCAAACAAACACAGUCGAGGUGGCGCGCCAAUCAGGACCUGCAAGCAAACACAGAUGGAGGGGGAGGGGCGCUCCAAUCAGGACCUGCAAACAAACACACUUACAGUGGCGCGCCAGUCAGUCCUUGCUUGUCUGCUGCCUCCUGGAGAGACCUGAAGUGGAAUCUUCAGAAUAUAAAUUACUGAUCGUAUCAAGGGAUAAACUGAAUCCCGCAACCAAUGCGAGCUUGAGACUCGAGCCAAGAGAUGUUAUUACCGUCUUUCUCCUUUCAGUCAUUCAACACGUAUGGUUGUGUGUAGUGAUAACUAGGACGAUGUCUUGUCUUUAAUCUGUGUGUUUAGAAGAGAGAGAAAAAUAAUUUGUUUUCUCUCAUAGUGACCUACUGACAUUGCCUUCUUUUUUACGAUGUCGAUUUAAUGCAUUUUCUGAAUGCUGCUUAGCUAUGACAUAUGGAUAUUUUUGUUAUGGACUAGGCCCCCAGCGAGGGCACAUGUGCCCACUACACAUACAAUGCUACUUACUAUUUUUUUUAGUGGGAACUGAGUGUAGAUUUAUUUUCACUAUUUCUCGUUAGAAGUAGUAUUUUGUUUAAAUCAUCCAUUGUGGAUUUUCCAAAAGGUAUCUUAAACCUGUAUUGUAAAAUAACUACUGAUUUUCUCCUAACAAACCGGACCUAAAUAUCAUUCUUUCUGCCUUGCAUCUUUAAGAAAAAAAAUUGCGAGUGUUUCUCUUGAACUUUGAAGCAAACAUGUGUUUCGGAAUAUUUCGGUAGAUAUAGCUUAAAUGUUUGUUAAUAAAUACCAUUUGUGUGUUUUCUGGUUGCCAAACACUUGUGUACGACAAUCACGAUUCUUUGUGUAUAAUGAGAUGUAAGGACACAACCUUUUAGCAUUAUUAGGUGGACUCGUAAUAUUAUUACUAUGACUUUCUUUUUCUUAAGAAUGGUGCCACUAAGAAUAAUGUUCCCUUGAGAAUUAUGCCACUGAGGAUGAUAUUCUUAAAGAAUAAAACAAUAAAAAACUAUUUAACUUGGAAAUAAUGUCACAGAAGGAAUUGUUCCUAGGAAUUAGGUACCCUGGGAAUGUUUCUGCUGGCAGCAAUUUACUUUACUGACAUCAAGGUGUAUAGCUGCAGAAUUAUCAAUUAAAUUUUCUUUAUUUAUAACAUUCCUUAAUGAUAUGAUUGUCAGCUUAGCACUGUGCAUCAAUAAGGUUAACUAAAAAUAUUAUAUCACUUGGAUACGACUCCAUAAAAUAAAGUAAGAGAUAUGAUAGUUUUAGAUAGAAAUACAGAAAAUGAUGACACAUAAUGUAAUUAAUAAAGAAAGGCAUAAGAGAAUAAUACCACUGGCAAAUGUAUCAAAGAUAACAGAAUCAUUUCAUUGGAGAUUUACACCUAAGAAUGAUGUCUCUGGGGAUGAUAAGACAGUAUGCUAUCGUUGAUGACAGGUCAUAAGAAUGAUUCCACGUUGCAGAAGAUGGUGAGAGACAGUUGACGUAAUUAGAUUAGGAUUAUAUAUAAUUGAAUAUUUUGUGGUUUUCAUUAAAAAGUAAAAAAUAAACAAUAUCAUGAGUUCAAAUUACAUUGGUACAAGAAACAUGUAAAGCUUAGUUAAGAUUUAGUUAAUUACAUUUUACAAGUAAAUGAGGAGAGAUUAUUAAGUGCUUGAGGUUCAUGUAUUUGCUUAAAAUGAUAAAUAUUAAUCAAUUAAUCAGACAUAUGGAUAUGAGAGUUUUGUUAAAAUGUUUUGUUUUGUUAAAAUAAAUUCCUUAAAUAAAUAACAACUUCUAAACUAUCAUAUUCAAGAGCUAGAUAUGUUCCUCGAUAUUAAACACUAAUAAAUUAUAAGAAGCUUUAUCUCUCGAAGUUACUUCUCUAAAUAUAUUAACGCAAUACAAAAUGCCUAUUAUAGAACAAAUUCUAAAUACAGUCAAAAUUUAUUUGAUGAAUAAAAUCGCUUGAGGUAUAUGUAUAGUCAAAAUUAUACAAAAUAAUACAUUCUGGUUUAUAUCAUAAUACUAAAGUAUAUUGAAUUUGCAUAAAUUCCUUAGGCUCAUCCAAACAACGUACGUUUUAUUACGCUAAUUUAUAAAAUGCUAUACACACAUGAAUCACUUCUCUAAUGGCUUCACCCAAGUACUACAAUUGAAAUCAUUACCAGCAGAACCAAAACACAUUAACUCAUCCUAGCCUAAUCCAAACUGUCAUGAAAAUUAUAAUACAAAACAAUAAUCAUUUGUAUUCUAGAAAAAAACUGUAUUUUGAAUUACAUCAUUCGAAGGACAACAUCUUUAAUCAGCAUGGUUAUGGAAUGCUUUACAGUUGUUACAGUUUUAAUUCAUAAAACUGUAUUGUAUUAUUUGUAUAGAUUUGUAUUAUUUCCAUUACAAUGUUUGUCAAAGGAUAACAUUCAUCAUAAAAUUAGGAUUUACAAAGGAUAUUAUUUAUCAAUAAACAAUGUCCAAAAGUUAAUGUUUACCAGAGGAUAACAUUAGUCAAUUAAUAAUGUAAAUGGAAGGAUAGUAUUUGUAUCCUUUCAUUACCAUUAAUUAAAGGAUACAAAUUAACAUUAAUGAGAGGAUACAUUAACAUUAAAACAUUUUCAUUCCUUGGAUAAACAUAAUGGAAUAUGUUAAUCCAAGGAAGAUGUCUUUGUCAUAAUAAUUUGCUUAAAUUAUAAUUUUUUUGAAGUGUUUGCAAAGUGAGCAUUUUUGUCGAAAUGUAAUGAGUAUGAGAGAAUAACAUCAGUCAAUGAAUUCAAUUUAUUAAUUAUAUUGUUUGACAAAGAAUAAUGUGUGUCAAGGGAUGACAUUUGUUAAAGAAUAAUGUUUGUGAAAGAAUGAUGUUUUGUCAAAGAAUAAAGCUAAAGAGAAUUUUAGAGGUUCCAAUUCGAAUAUAUUUAUUUUGAAGGGUAGUUAUAACCAUGAUACUUUUGAUUUAUAUCGCAUGGUGAGUAGUGUUAGAACCUUAAUUGUGUGAUAAGGAGACAGGAUCAAACUCAACAUGAUGCCUUUUGGAGAUGACUAUCUGGUCGCCUCGUUGCCAUGGCGAGUAUGUUUCUCAGCCUCCGAGCAUCCUCCCUUUUUUCCUUACAAGCUCCUCCAGAAUAUUCAAAACGCGUUCAUGAAUGUAUAUUUUUUUAUGUACUACGGCUUAUGGCCUAAGACAGAGUUUUGUUCCUCUGUGAGAGAUCUGUUUCUUGUUCUUGUUCUUGUUCUUCUUCCUCUUCUUCUUCUUCUUCUCCUUCUCAUUCUCUCAAUUUGUAUUUUACUCAUCUCUAAUAUAUUCCUUUCCUGUUAUUAGUUAUUCCUUAGUGCUGAUUUGUCGUUAUAUCUUUCCCGUUAUUCACCUUUGAUAGCCGUUCAUUUCCUGUCAUUUUCCUAUAAUCUUCAGCUAACAGUGUCGAAGUCCAGAAGCCAUUCUGGACAUUCUUACACGUGAAGCUAUUCUGUUUCUCAUCGGUCAUUGCCUUGCAUCUCCUGCCUCCGCGUAAUUUCAAUUAGAACUACACUUUUCCUCUCACUUUCAAGAUUUCAACAGUGUUCCUCGUGUACUGUGGCUCACCGCUAUCAUUUCUCUCCUGUCAAUAACGUCACUCAGUCUUCAGGGCCACUACUAAGAGCAGCUCAAUCUCAUCGUCACGGUCACUCCUUAAGCUCCACACUUCUCCUCUCCUUUGCGUGUUCCCGGAACAUCAUUGCUUCUCUUCUGCACGUGCUUCACAUCAUUAUUCCUAUUAAAUAAUGGUUAUGUCUUCCCCCAUGCAAAAUGACAUUGGAUACUAACUAACACUAAUGGAUAAAAUACUUUUUAUCCUAUUAUUUAUUUUCAUCACGUAUUCCAAAACAUUAUUUCUCCUCUACGUCAUAUGUUUCACACUAUCAUUACUCCCUCUCCCUAGUGUUACUCGGUUUCAUUCCUGCCUCUUCCUAGUGUUACUCAGUUUCAUUAUUCACCCUCUUGUUUCAAAACAUCAUCACUCUGUUUAGUGUUUGCCAGGUCCUCACUCGCUCUAGUGACACACAGCAUCAUCACUCGCUCUAGUGUCACACAGCUUCACCACUCGCUCUAGUGUCACACAACAUCACUUCUCGUCUCUCUCAAGUUUAUUAUUGUACCUUUUUUUAUCUAAAGUUCUCUUAGUCGUGACAACUUUUAUUCAUUGAACACACCUUAUUUUAUGUGACACUUGUAUAUGGAUUUCUUAGGUCCCAUUGAUGGAUUUUUUAAGCUUUUUCGUAUAGAUUUCAUGACGUCCUUCUUCUGUAGCCAUGCGGGUUGCCUCUCCAUAUAAACUACAAAACUAGAGUACGUUUUAUGCUUCCUUGAUGUAUCGGAUUUUAAGAAUGGUUUAUGAUCUAUUUCUAUAAUGCUCCUUUCAAUUAAGAAACAGGUGGAUUAGGUGAAUUCUAACUGUCUUGUUUAGAAUACAUGAGAAUCGUUCAACUGUCUAAAUGCAAGACUCGAAUGACCUUAGAGACAGUUAGUACACCGUCUCCUGUAUAUUCCAUUUGCCUUUCUUGGGCUGUAUCCCAACGCACAAAAUGCAUGCCUCUUAUUCUUAAUGCUUAAUUUGUUCUAAGAUAUGCCGAGUAAGUGUGUGUUUGUGUGUAUGUCGGUGUGUAUGAGUGUACUCGCCUAGUUGUACUUGUGGGGGGUUGAGCUCUGGCUCUUUAUGUGUGUGUG